AUGCCACGAGAUAUCAAAAAAAACUCUAAUGCUAAAGAUAGUAAAAGUUAUAUCAAAAACUAUAUGCGCGACAAUCAACUCAAACAUGAAGUAUCACUCGAUAAUUUUCCAAAAUUAUUACAUUUAACAACGAGUUUUCAGGGAGAAAUCAUUUUUCAUAGACAUAUCGAAAUUCCGGAAGCGAUACAAAUAUUUAAUAAUAUUCAAGAUAAAAAACCAAAGCUGGGCAAAAGUCCUAAUCCGUUUUUAAUAUUUCGCACUUCGAUCCAAACAUUAUGUAAAGACAGUAAACUGGAAAGACACCAUGUCUCAAGCAUUGCUAGUGCAGCAUGGAAAAAUUCAUCUGAAGAUAUAAAAGACUGCUUUAAAGAUUUAUUUGAAGAAGUCAAAAUUUUAAUUGCGAAUGCUAAAAAAACAACAGAUUCUGUGCAAGUUUUUUUAUAUGAAAAUGCUGUGGGUUCUUCAACUCUUACCAAUUAUUAUUCAUGUGACAAUUGUUUUUCCACAUUUUUGGACUUGACAAAACAUCACUAUUCGUAUGAACAUUGUACCAAAAAUAUUCCAGUGCCUCCGUUGUCUCAGCCGAUUCUCUCCGAAAACCCAACCUUUUUAUAUUCUCACGAACCUAUGCAAGUGCCUUCAACGCCAAUUUUUACCAAAUAUAUGUAA